AACGUCUUUGUACUUUGAACAGCCAAAUAACAAAGCAAAACCUGCUUGUUCUUUUCUUUCUUCGCAUGGCUUACUUUUAAUUUCUCUCUAACACUCUCCAAACCAUUUUCCUCACCGUCAAACACUUCCAUCAAUGGCUGAUUCCUCCUUUGAUAUUGACAACUAUCCUCACUCCGAUAGCUCAAGAGACCAUAACCACCGCAGGCAACGCCGACAUACAACACCUGUUGGCUCAAUAUAUGCUUCACCUUCAUUUACACAGUUCAGCUCUAUUGAAACAUUCCGUAGUUUCACUUCAAGAAGGCCUCCCCGUGGUCUUCUACCUACGCCUUUUGCUUCAGACAACGAUAACUCAUGGCAAGGUCAGCUUUCAUGGCAGUUUGAGCCCUCAGGUUGGCAAGAUAACCGUUACUUAGGUGCAGUCUUUACUCCAUUGACAACUAUUGCAUCCUCAAUCUCAAAUAGUCGAGUUUUUCGAAGAUCUGCUAAUCAUUAUUACCUUUCACGCACUUAUGGCCCGUUUAGAACCUUUGAGAAUUCAUAUUAUGAUCACUAUUAUUCUAGCUAUAGUGCAGUUCCUUCUGGUAGGCUUGAGCUACAAAGUCAUGCUGCUACAGAUAAUGAUCAAAGUUUAGUAGUUCAUGUAAAGGAUUAUAGUUCAGGAGGUCAUAGCAGGAAAGAAGCUAAAAGGAAACAACCAAUUGGACAAUUAAAUCCUUUGGCUACAUUGGAUGAACUUAGUGUGACUGACUAUGACACAGCUGAUGAUGUUGAAAAAGAAAGAAGCCUAUCUGAGGCUGAAUCUAAUCGCCAUAGAGGUAAAGAUUCUCGCUGGCAUUCUGUUUCGCAUGCUUACAUGGAUCUUGAACAUGAUAGUAUUAGUCGUAUGAGUCAUGGGAUUUCACACGAUGGACCUCAUGAACAUCAUCAGUCUAGGCAACACCAUAUGAGGCAUCAUCAUGUUCAAGAGGGUUAUACAUCUGGUAAUGGAUAUGAUGACAUUGAUCGAUAUUCAAGGUAUGAUGAUGAUGGUGAUGAGUAUGAUGAAGAAGAUGAUGAGCCACCACCAAAGCAAGUUAGUUUGUUUGGUCUGUUCAAGUAUUCAACAAAAUGGGAUAUUGUCCUUGUGAUUUUGGGUUGUUUAGGAGCUCUCAUAAAUGGGGGUGCCCUUCCAUGGUAUUCUUUUCUUUUUGGGGAUUUUGUAAACAAGAUUGCUAAAGAAGCAGAUGACAAAACCAAAAUGAUGAAGGAUGUACAGAAGAUUUGUCUAGAAAUGACUAUACUGUCAGCAAUAGUUGUGAUUGGAGCAUAUUUAGAGAUCACUUGUUGGAGAUUGGUAGGGGAGAGAUCAGCCCAUCGAAUACGAACCAUGUACUUAAGAGCAGUUCUGAGGCAAGAUAUCAGUUUUUAUGAUACUGAAGUAAGCACCGGUGAUAUUAUGCAUGGAAUUUCAAGUGAUGUUGCUCAAAUCCAAGAAGUUAUGGGAGAAAAGAUGGCACAUUUCGUCCAUCAGAUAUGCACCUUCAUCUGCGGAUAUACUGUUGGAUUCUUAAGGUCAUGGAAGGUAUCACUAGUAGUCUUCUCAAUCACUCCAUUGAUGAUGUCCUGUGGAAUGGCUUAUAAGGCCAUUUAUGUUGGAUUAGCUACAAAAGAACAAAUUUCAUAUAGGAAAGCUGGUGGUGUUGCUGAACAGGCUAUCAGUUCGAUUCGAACUGUAUUUUCUUUUGUUGCUGAAGAUAAUUUGGCUGAAAAGUAUUCUGAUUUUUUGGUUAAGUCAGUGCCCAUCGGGGCAAAGAUUGGAUUUGCUAAGGGUGCAGGAAUGGGAGUUAUCUACUUGGUUACAUAUGCGACAUGGGCAUUGGCCUUCUGGUAUGGAUCUAUCCUGGUUGCAAGGGGUGAGAUCAAUGGAGGCGCUGCAAUUGCUUGUUUCUUUGGUGUAAAUGUGGGGGGAAGAGGCUUGGCAUUGGCACUUACAUAUUUUGCUCAAUUCGCGCAAGGCACUGUAGCAGCAAGCAGGGUGUAUGAAAUAAUAGACAGAAUUCCUGAUAUAGAUCCUUACAGUACCCAUGGAAGGACAUUAUCAAAUGUUCGCGGAAGGAUUGAGUUUCGAAGUGUUAUCUUUGCUUACCCUUCUCGCCCUGAUAAUCUAAUUCUUAACUCUCUCAAUUUAGUCAUUCCAUCUUCAAAGACGCUUGCAUUGGUUGGUGCUAGUGGAGGUGGCAAGUCCACCAUCUUUGCUCUGAUAGAGAGAUUCUAUGAUCCCAUUAAAGGAGUUAUUACCUUAGAUGGUCAUGACUUGAGGACACUGCAGGUGAAAUGGCUAAGAGAUCAAAUAGGUAUGGUUGGGCAAGAGCCAAUUCUUUUUGCCACUAGCAUACUAGAAAAUAUAAUGAUGGGGAAAGAAAAUGCCACCAAAAAAGAAGCAAUUAAUGCUUGCAUUGCUGCUAAUGCCCACAGCUUUAUCUCUGGCCUUCCAUAUGGCUAUGACACUCAGGUUGGAGAUAGAGGAACUCAACUCUCAGGUGGGCAAAAGCAGAGAAUUGCGCUAGCACGAGCUAUAAUCAAGGACCCACAAAUACUUCUUUUAGAUGAACCCACCAGUGCCUUAGAUGCAGAAUCUGAGUCUAUUGUGCAGCAAGCCAUUGAUAAGAUCUCCUCUAGCAGGACAACCAUUGUCAUUGCUCAUAGACUAGCAACAGUAAGAAAUGCCAACAUCAUUGUUGUUCUUGAUCAAGGCUCUGUUGUAGAAAUCGGCAACCAUCGCCAGCUAAUGGAAAAUGCUGGUGCUUACUACGACCUUGUCAAGCUUGCAUCUGAAGCAGUUUCAAAAUCUACAGGGCAAGAAAUGGAUACUUACAAGGAGACGGAAUAUUCUAUGCAUGGAAAAUCAGUAAAUGUGGAGGAGACAACAAGAUCGAGGCAUAUAAACUAUAAGCGCAUAGAGAACCACGAAGAAGUGGAAAUGCAAGAAAUACCAAAAGAAAGAAAGUAUCAACUCUCAGAGAUAUGGAACCUACAAAGACCAGAAAUUUUCAUGCUUCUCUUAGGGUUCCUUUUGGGUAUGCAUGCAGGCGCUAUUCUUUCAGUCUUUCCUUACCUCCUAGGCCUGGCCCUUCAAAUCUACUUUGAUAAAGACUCAUCAAAACUAAAGAGAGAUGUUGGAAAUAUCUGUUUAGCACUUGUAGGUCUUGGAAUAGGGUGCAUUCUUGCCAUGACAGGCCAGCAAGGUUUAUGUGGAUGGGCAGGAACCAAACUAACAAUGAGAGUAAGAAACCUUUUAUUUCGAUCUAUAUUAAAACAAGAACCUGCUUGGUUUGAUUUUGAAGAUAAUUCUACUGGGGUACUUGUUUCAAGGCUAUCAACUAAUACAGUCAGUUUUCGAUCAGUUCUUGGUGAUAGAUUCUCAGUCUUGUUAAUGGGUUUAAGUUCAGCUGCUGUUGGUCUUGGUGUGUCAUUUUACUUGGAAUGGAGACUUGCCCUUUUGGCUACUGCACUAACUCCUUUCACUCUUGGUGCUAGCUACUUAAGUUUGAUCAUAAAUGUUGGACCAAAGUUGGAUAAUAGCUCUUACGCUAAAGCUAGCAACAUUGCUGCUGGUGCUGUUUCAAAUAUAAGAACAGUAACAACCUUUUCUGCUCAAGAACAAAUUAUCAGGUCCUUUGAUGGAGCUCUAGAUGAACCCAAGAAGAAAUCAGUGAAAAGAUCACAGAUUCUAGGCUUAACAAUUGGUUUCUCUCAAGGAGCAAUGUAUUGUGCAUAUACCUUAACUCUAUGGUUUGGUGCUUACCUCGUAAAACAAGACAAGACUAAUUUUGGUGAGGUAUAUAAAAUUUUUCUCAUUCUCGUUUUAAGUUCAUUUUCUGUUGGACAACUAGCUGGGCUAGCUCCAGACACUACCAUGGCCAGGACAGCAGUUCCUGCAAUUUUUGAUAUCAUUUAUCGCAAGCCACUGAUAGGUAAUGAUAAUGAAAUGGGCAGAAAAAUUGACAGAUCAAAAUCAUGGGAUAUUGAACUUAGGAUGGUCACAUUUGCAUACCCUUCUAGGCCUGAGAUUGUUGUGUUGAGAGAUUUUUGUUUGAAGGUCAAAGGUGGCAGCAUGGUGGCACUGGUGGGCGGUAGUGGUUCAGGUAAAUCAACAGUUAUAUGGUUGAUACAAAGGUUUUAUGAUCCUAAUCAAGGGAAGGUGACAAUGGGAGGGGUGGAUUUGAGGGUUCUUAAUGUGAAGUGGUUGAGGAAGCAAAUAGCUUUGGUGGGUCAAGAACCUGCUCUGUUCUCUGGAAGUAUAAGAGAAAAUAUUGCAUUUGGAAAUCCCCAAGCUUCUUGGGCUGAGAUUGAAGAGGCUGCAAUGGAAGCUUAUAUUCACAAGUUCAUCAGCAGCCUCCCUCAAGGCUAUGAAACCCAGGUUGGUGAGAGUGGGGCCCAACUAUCAGGUGGGCAGAAACAGAGAAUAGCAAUAGCAAGGGCAAUACUGAAGAAAUCAAGAGUACUAUUAUUAGAUGAAGCAAGUAGUGCAUUGGACUUGGAAUCAGAGAAACAUGUUCAAGAGGCUCUAAGGAAUGUCUCUAAGCAAGCCACUGCUAUUGUAGUAGCCCACAGGCUGUCGACAAUUAGAGAAGCUAAUAUGAUUGCAGUAGUGAAAGAUGGUGCAGUUGUGGAAUAUGGCAGUCAUAAUGCUCUCUUGAACUCCCAUCUUAAUGGUGUAUAUGCAAGCUUGGUUAGAGCUGAAACUGAAGCUACUGCUUUUGCUUGAGUAAUUGAUGAUAUAACUUGUAUUGGUUUCCAAAUGUCACCCCAUUUUUCAAGGCACAGUAAAACCUAUAUAGCAAGUAUUAUUUUUUCACACAUCUAAUUGUCUGUUUAGCACCGUAGUUAGAACAGAAUUUAAAUGGGUCCAUAAGAUCUUGAAUCUUGAACCUUUCAAGAAUUUACUUCUUGAGUAAAUUUAAAGAAAAAGGUUGGGGAUAAG